AUGAAUCGUUCCUCAUCCUCGGGCUCACGCGCCCGCCAACCCUCCCAACAACCUACACCCCUCCGUCCCCAGUCCACGCGGCGCCCAUCCUCGCGCCUCAGCCAACCCUCACGCUCCACAUCCUUCGCGCCCUCUCUCCGGCGGCGCACAACAGGUCAAUCGCUCCUAUCCCUCGACCCCGAUCAUGACGACCCAGAGGCUGCAGAAACCACACAUACCGACGCUGCAAUUGUCGAAGAAAUAGCAGAGAUCAAGCGCUACGAAGACUUUACAACCAUAGACUGGGUACAAGAUGCUGCCCGCGAGCAACUUCGACGGAAAGCGCGCCGGCGCGAAAGAGAUAGCAUUGGUGUACGGAACGAUGGCAGGACAGCGAAAGUGUUCCUAGGCAGAGGACAAGGAAAAUGGAGGAGGAAGAUUGCCGAAGCAUACGAUGCAGGCCAAGCGUGGAUUGUUGUUACGCUUGUCGGAGCGGCAAUAGGACUCAACGCUGCGUUUCUCAACAUCGUCACUGAGUGGCUGAGUGACAUCAAGCUGGGACAUUGCACCACGGCUUUCUAUCUCAACGAGAAUUUUUGUUGCUGGGGCGCGGAAGGAGGUUGUCCAGAAUGGAAACGUUGGAGUGGGUUUUGGCCUGCGAACUAUAUCCUUUACAUCCUCUUCGCAGCGCUGUUCUCUUUCACGGCGGCGAGGCUGGUAAAGAGCUUUGCGCCGUAUGCAGCUGGAUCAGGUAUCUCAGAGAUGAAAUGCAUUAUCGCAGGGUUCGUUAUGAAAGGCUUUUUGGGCUUUACCACGCUGUUCAUCAAGUCGAUUGGCUUGCCGCUUGCCAUUGCAUCGGGGCUGUCGGUGGGUAAGGAAGGACCUAGUGUGCAUUAUGCCGUAUGUACGGGCAAUGUGAUUAGUAGGUUCUUCGACAAAUACAGGAGGAAUGCGGCCAAGACGAGGGAGAUUUUAUGUGCGAGUGCGGCGGCGGGCGUAGGUGUAGCGUUUGGAAGUCCGAUUGGAGGCGUGCUUUUCUCUCUCGAGGAGAUGAGCAAUCAAUUUCCACUCAAGACGCUUUGGAGGAGUUAUUUCUGUGCGCUCGUUGCCACGGCUGUCCUUGCUGCUAUGAAUCCCUUCCGAACAGGUCAACUCGUCAUGUUCAACGUCUCCUACGACCGCUCCUGGCACUUCUUCGAGGUCCUUUUCUACCUCAUUAUCGGUGUCUUUGGUGGUCUCUACGGCGCCUUCGUCAUCAAGUGGAAUCUCAAGAUGCAGGUCUUUCGUAAGAAGUACCUCUCUGCUUACCCCAUCACCGAGGCUGUCACGCUUGCUGUCAUCACCGGUGUGAUUUGCUACCCGAACAUGUUCCUAAGGAUUGAUAUGACGGAGAGUAUGGAGAUUUUGUUUCAAGAAUGUGAGGGCGACAAAGGCUAUGACCGGCUUUGUGAUGCAAAUCAUCGCUGGCAUAAUGUUUGGACGCUUGCUAUUGCGACCGUUCUGCGUACGCUUUUGGUUGUCAUAUCGUUUGGGUGUAAGGUGCCGGCUGGUAUCUUCGUACCUAGCAUGGCCAUCGGCGCCGCUUUCGGUCGUAUGGUAGGUAUCUGCGUCCAGGCUCUACACGAGUCUUUCCCUAGUUCUGCUUUCUUUUCGGCUUGCGGUCCCGAUGGAGCAUGUAUCACACCAGGUACCUACGCCUUCCUCGGAGCAGCCGCAGCUCUGAGUGGCAUCAUGCAUAUUACUGUCAGCGUCGUGGUCAUCAUGUUCGAGAUCACAGGCGCAUUGACAUAUAUUCUCCCUACGAUGAUAGUCGUUGGAGUCACAAAAGCAGUAAGCGAACGUUUCGGUCACGGUGGCAUUGCAGACCGCAUGAUCUACCUAAACGGCUACCCGUUUCUCGACAGCAAAGAAGAGCAUACGUUUGGUGUCCCUGUAAGCCAAGUCAUGGCCAGCCGCGUUGUCUGUUUACAAGCCACAGGCAUGGAACUCCGACAAAUGGAACGCAUAAUGAACGAAAAUGCUUACCAGGGCUACCCUAUCGUCGAGGAUAUCAAGACGAAAACCCUAGUCGGCUAUAUUGGCCGUACAGAACUCCGGUACGCCAUCGAUCGCGCGAAGAUCGAACAACAAGCCCCAGGCCACGCAAAAUGCUACUUCACAUCCUCCUCCUCCACCACCAGUGCCCCCAGCUCCCGGGCCACUAGCGGCACAGCUGCAUCAGCACCGAACACGACAUUCGAAUUUAUACCUACCACUUCUUCUCAAACCUCAUUAGACUUUACUCGCUAUAUCGACCCAACGCCACUCUCAGUACACCCCCGCCUUCCCCUCGAAACCGUCAUGGAGCUCUUCAAGAAAAUGGGCCCACGGGUUAUCUUGAUUGAGUACCGCGGCCGUCUAACCGGUCUCGUUACCAUCAAAGAUUGUCUCAAGUACCAAUUUAAAGUUGAGGCUGGAGGACAUGGUGCUGGUGGAACGGGGAAUGGCGAUGAGGGGAUGGAGAAAUUAGCGGGGUGGGGAGGGCGGUGGUCAACUGGGGGAGGAGGAGAGUUGGGCUGA